AUGAAAUUCGCAGAACAAUUAAAGAAGGGCAUCUUUGCUCCCUGGCGUCUAUCCUAUAUUAACUAUGACGUGCUAAAGACCGAGCUGAAAGCAAGACAGCUCGACCAUGGCUGGACAGAACAAGACGAAAAAGACUUUAUUCAUUUACUAGAGAAUGAAUUAGAAAAAGUAUAUGACUUUAUUGGUGCCAAAUUAGCUGAAGUAGAGGCUCGUAUCAGCUAUUGUGAACGUACACUUCAGACGUUCAUGAAUAACCCUUCUUGGUCCUCUGAGCAAAACUGGAAUAUUAUGGACGACGCACUAACCGAGGUUCUGUUCGAUGUGAACGAUUUGGCCAAGUUUACCCGUCUGAACUAUAUUGGUUUCCAAAAAAUCCUCAAGAAACAUGAUAAAUGGACUGGUCUUCACUUACAACAAGACUUUAUUCCCCAAUUACGAGCCAAGCCUCUGGACAAGCAACGAUUCGAUGUGGCUAUUGUCUAUAUCUCUGCUCUCCACGAUCUUUGUCGUCUUCAAGGCAGACCCCGUACAGGUAACGCAGCAGCAGGUGGAGACCAGAACGCAUUUGAACGUGCGACAGCCAAGUACUGGAUUCACCCCGACAAUGUCACGGAGGUCAAGUCCAUCAUCAUGCUUCACUUACCUGUCUUGAUUUUCAACAAGGACAAAAAGUACGAAGCGAGCGAUAGUGCAAUUUCCAGUGUUUAUUAUGAUAACGAAGAUUUUGAUCUUUAUACUGGUCGUCUUCAGCGUGAUGAGGGAGCCGAGGCGAUUCGUUUCCGAUGGUAUGGUCCUAUGGAAUCCCCAAACAUCUUUAUCGAGCGCAAGACCCACCAUGCAUCCUGGUUAGAUGGCGCCUCCGUCAAGGAUCGUUUUAGAUUGAGUGUAGAUGACGUUCACAGAUUUGUCAAGGGUGAGUUGUCAGCAGAUGAAAUUGCAGAUCGUUUAAGGGAAAAGGGCGUGGAUGAAAAGAUUUGUAAAGAUACACAUUUCAUUGCCAGUGGCGUUCAAAAAUCAUUCAAAGAAAAGCACUUGAAACCUAUCUUGCGUGCAUUCUACAACCGUACAGCCUUCCAGCUGCCCGGUGACCAACGUGUCCGAGUGAGCUUAGACACCGACCUCUGUUUCAUUCGCGAAGAUAACACAGAUGGUAAGAUCCGUAGGGAAAACGACGACGUCUGGCGUCGUCCUGAUGUAGGCAUCGAUUAUCCUUUCCCCCAGUUGGACGAAAAAGAAAUCUGUCGUUUCCCUUACGCUGUCUUGGAAACCAAGCUGCAGACUCAUCUCGGUCAACAACCUCCAGAAUGGCUCACCAAGCUUGUCGAUUCUCAUCUGGUACAUGAAGUGCCUCGGUUCAGUAAGUACCUUCACGGUGCAUGUUACUUCUUCCGUGAUCAGAUGCCUUUAUUGCCUUGGUGGUUACCAGAAAUGGAUAUUGAUAUUCGUAAACCACGCUCUGGUCUGAAACGUACACAAAAGAAGCAAAAGCCCAAACCUUUACCAGCACAGCAACUACAACAGCAAUAA